AUGUCAUCAUUUGUUGAUACAUCUAAUACAGUAUCUAAUUUUUUACCUGAAGAUUUAGCUUUACUAAUAUCUUCAUUUAAUCAGUCAAAUCAUUUAUCGUUAAUAAAUUCUCAACCAAUGAAUAUGUUAAGUAUGUUUCCAACAGUAUCAAAUUCAUAUUUAUUUGAUAAUAAUACAAAUUUGAUAAAUUUUCCGUUAACAACAACUUCAAAUGAUCAAUAUGAUUUAUUAUCAAAAAAUAAAACAAAUCUUCCUAAAGAAUCUGAUAAAGGUAACCGCAAACGUAAUUAUAUUAUUGAAGAAUUAUUAGAAAUAAAAAAAUCAAAAAAAGAUAAUGAUAAAGAGGUGGAUGGUAAAAAAGUACAAAGUAGUUUUUUAGAAAGAAUACAGUUUAAUGGUGAUGAAGAUACAGAGACAACAUCAAGUUUAACAUCAAUUUCUUCACAAAGUUCAAAUAAUAUAUCACCAAAUAUUAUUAAUUCAAAUGAUACACUUAAUCAAGAAUGUAUUGCUAAUGCAUUAGCAAUUGGUGAAACAUUUGAAAGUAAUGCUAAUUUACUUGUUCUCUCAAAUACUAUACCAUUAAAUAUACUUCAAAUGGGAAAAACUUCAGGUAAAGAUCAGGGAGUAACUGAAUUUCCAUUAAUGAAUGUACCUAAAGAUAAAAUAUUUGCUCAAGUACCUGGUAGAUUAUCACUUUUAUCUAAUGUUGUAAAAUAUAAAAUGACUGUAAGUGAAAUUAGAAGAAGACUUCUUGGUCCAGAGUCAUUUAAUUUUUCACUAUUAGGAGCAUUAUUAAGAAGAGCAAAGAUGCCUGCAAAAUCUCAAGCAUUAGUUAAUGAACUUGGUGAAAUUGGAUUAUUUAUUUCUAGAGGAAGAAGAAGGAUCUCUAAUGUUACAUUGAUGUCAGCUUUAACAGAAGCUGAAGCAUUAGUAUUAGCAAAAGAUUUUAAUUCUGUAAGUAAACAAUAUUUUCCUGUUCAUCCACUUGCUAUUGAUGCAAAUAAAAAAUUUCUUGAAAAAUGUUCAUCAAAGGAAGUUGCAAAAAAAUGUAAAAUUGAAAGGAUAACUAAAAUGAAAAAUGCUAUUGAAGUAUUUGAAGAAUUAUCACAAUAUAUGGAGAAUGAUCGUAGUCCAAUUCUUGAUCAGGAAGAUACACCAAUUUUGUCGGAACAAAUUCAAGAUCAAUUAAGUCAUUACUCAAUGUUAACCCAUGGUUUUGGUGUUAAAUCAUUACUUGUUGGUGUACAAAUUGGUAUUAAAUAUAUUAAUGCUGUCUUAUCUGAUUUAAAUGAGCCUAUCUUAACAUGUAACAUUGAUAUGUUUGAAAGAUAA